UGCUCAUAAAGUUUUUAUUGCUGUCACAGGAUUCACUCAGUACCAAGACAGGCCGGAUGACAGUUUCCUGAAGUUGAUUUAAACCAAGAGCUUGCACUUUCAACAACAGAUUUGAACAAAAGAGACAGAAGAGACAAUGUCUGGGAAGCGGCUAACCCCUUUUGUGCAGAGAUGGCUCUCAAACACGCUUAAGCCUGAAACAGCAUCAACCCAGCCCCUCUGCAGACGACAACAUACACUAGUGAGAAAGCCUCUCUGUUCCAACUCUGUGCGUAUCCCACAUAGAACUUUCACUAGAUCUUCCACACUAUGUAAAGCAAAAUCGACGGAUCAGCAACAGAAGGCUGUUCUUCAGCAACUGGAGCUACCAGAUUUUGGAAGCGACUUGAAAUUCAAAGGACUGGAAACGGACUUCCCUUGCCUAGCAAGAACACCUGAGUCAGGCCCCGAUCCUGCCUAUCAAAAGGUAGUCUCAGGCUACCAGAACUUUCAUUACAAUGAGCCUUACUCCCUGAAAUACAACGGCUGUGUACUGCCGGAGCUGAAUAUCGCAUAUGAGACCUGGGGAGAGCUUAACCAUGACAUGAGCAAUGUGGUUGUAGUGUUCACAGGGCUCUCAAGUAGCUCUCAUGUGAGAAGUCACCCGUUAAACAAAGCCCCAGGAUGGUGGGAGAAGUUCAUUGGACCAGGAUGCGCCAUUGAUACAGACAAAUUCUUUGUCAUCUGCGGCAAUCACAUAGGAGGCUGCUAUGGCACAACAGGUCCAUCUUCCACCAACCCUAUCACAGGCAAAGCCUAUGGGACAACCUUCCCUGUGGUUAGUGUGGAGGACAUGGUGAAAGUGCAGUAUCUGCUCCUGGAUCACCUAGGCAUAGACAAGGUCCAUGCUGUUGUUGGUGCAUCGCUCGGUGGUAUGUGUUCAGUGAUGGCUGCUGCCCUCUACCCUCAGAGAGUAGGAAGGGUGGUCUCAAUAUCAGCCUGUGCCCAGACCUAUGCCAGCUCCAUCGCUCUUCGCUUCCUGCAGAGGAGAGCUAUCAUGACAGACCCUAACUGGCAGAGAGGGCACUACUAUGGCACCUCCUACCCCAAGAUGGGAAUGAAGCUUGCAAGAGAGAUCGCUACCAUCACAUACCGGAGUGGUCCAGAGUGGAAGCAGAGGUUCGGGAGGAAACUGAUAGACCCGGCUGAACCCCCAUCGCUCUGCCCGUCGUUUGAGAUUGAGGAAUACAUCAUGCACCAGGGAGAAACAUUCAGUAACAAAUACGACCCCAACUCACUGCUUUACAUCUCAAAGGCUAUGGACAUGUUUGACAUGGGGGAGGGGUUCAGCUCACUUCAAGAAGGCAUGGCGAGGGUUCAAUGCCCGGUCAUGGUGCUGGGUGCGCAGACGGACAUACUGAUCCCUAUCUGGCAACAGAGGGAGAUUGCUGAUCUUCUGAAGGCAUCGGGUAAUGAAGCAGUGAGCUUCUAUGAACUCAAUUCCAUCUUUGGGCAUGACACGUUCCUCUUGGAUCUCACCAGCGUCGGUGGUGCAAUCAAGGGACAGCUGGAGACGGAUUUGAAGGAAAAUGGCUUAGUACGGAAAGCGGCCCCAAGCAGGCUGAAGAAGUAGCAGAACAGCAGAGACCUCAAACCAAAGACCUGUUCCCCAUUCAUACUUCAGAAGACUUCUUUUGCUUUCAAUUUUUGAGCUCUGCAAGCAGACUUGUUUAGAGCGAUGGGCAGAUCUUUUUGUACGCUAGUUAUUGGUGUUGAUGUAAAUGAUGAUAGUUUAAGUGUUACAGAGUACUUGGUUUACCCUUGAUCCACAACUCAGCUCUCAUGAUUGGCAUAAACUUUGACAUUUCACCCUCAACUGUCAAUUGGAAGCACCUAUACUGAGUACUGAGAGCAAAAGGAAUGUAAACUUGAAUGCUAAAUAUCUAAUAUUGAUUGGUGUAGUUGAUUUUAUAUGGUGAUUCUUCCUCAAAGAUUUCUCUUUUAAACAUCACUUUAUUGAUCAAACUUUGCACAAUAAAGGAGACAUAGUAGCACAGGACAAACCAAUUUAUGUGUAGUUACAGGGCACGAAAGACAUCGUGGACAAAAUACAGCAUAAAGAACAUAUAUUGUUAUAAACCAAAAAUCAUACACACUCUUUGUAAAGGAAUCAAUUUAGAGAAAACACAAGAGCUAAAAUAUUCAGCUGUCAGUUUCAGUUUGUGGGGCAGUCUGCCUCAAAAUGCUUGCGGAAGAGGAAAACCUCCAUCUUCGCUUCUGCAGUUUUCAAGGAACCAUAGUCAUUGAUCCCUAUACAAUUUGAGAUGUGCUUUGCAUUUGUAUUUGUUGAGGGAGGGGUGGGGUAGUUAUAUUGUUCGCUAAAACUAUCUGUUCUUUGAUUGUACCCCUUCUAUUGACAAAGUUUAUGAUCCAAACCUCUUUCAUUGGGACCAUGUGGGGGGGGGGGGGGGG